AUGGGAGAUGGAAAUCAACAACCCCCCUCCGUCGACUGGGCCAGUGCGGAUAUCACAAGUAACCCUGCUAUGCAGUACUCCCUCGUGCUGUCAUUAGCGGAGAAGCCAGUCGCGACAGUACAGGUCCUCCUCCCCAUCACGGACCCCGGCAGAGGAAUUAUCUAUACAGAAAAAGGGUUCUCCGCCAGUGCUAUACCGUUAGCCGGAAAACGAUCAUCUGUAGCUGCUCUGGGUGGUGGACUUCCUCAGCCCUUGGAAGACAAAGCCAUCUCUGGCGAUGUCUCGAAGAUAAGCAAUGCCAUCAAAAACCAUGUCCAGAGUUACUACCACACCAGCCGUGUCAACCCUGGUCUCAUCGAUUAUGAGGACCUACACGCACUAGGACCAGGUCUACCAGUCUCGGUAGGAACGCUCACUACAUUGAUUGGAAACGCUGCAACCCGAGAGAUUGCACUAAGGUUCAUUAUCGCCUGGGUGAUCGUCUCAAAACUUCAACCCUCCAAAGAUCCCUCAAAGAGCCUCUUGCCGUCCGAAGUCGCGCAAUGCUACCAAGCUGUGGCAACUGGAGAUCGUGGCUAUCAAGCUCAAACAUCAUUGAUGGCGCGCUGGCGGGUCAUGACUGCAGAGUUGAUGCAGGCUAGCUACAUUCGCAAUCCCUUCGGUCCUUCCGACAGUCGACAUGCAAGUAUACAGGCAACGCUUGCAACACUAGACAACGUUCUGCAGCCAUACGCAGACUCUCGCAUGAACAAUGGAGAGCGCAAGCGGAAUCUUGAGGAAGUACUGAAGCGGGCUGCGCUUUUCGCUUUCACGCUGUUUUCCCAGCCUAGCGCAUGGGAGUUCGAGUGGCAGGAGGAACAAGGUGUCACGUCAGGGGACUUGUGCAUUUUCCCCGCUCUUGUGCAAGUAGCGGACGAGGCUGGUAAUCCAGUCAGUCCGCCGCGGCCUUUCAGCGAGGCUGUGGUGAGACGGUUGGAUGCAUGA